AUGCGCCCUGGCGGCCAGGUGCGGCUCAGCCUCAGCAGCAGCAUGAGCACUCCCCAGCACAUUGCAUCGGAGCCAGGCCCUGCUGAGAGUGCCACAGGCCCAGUAGGGAAGGGUGCAGUGGGUGCCUGGGAGAAGGUUCCUCGGCUGGGCCAGCGGCUGCCCUCCAUUGUGGUGGAGCCCAGUGAAACUGGUGCUGUGGAAAGUGGGGAGCUGCGUUGGCCCCCAGAAGGCACCCAGAGGGGAGCUCCUCAGAACCAGGCUGCUGCUGCCCCCUCCCAAAGCCUACCAGGAGAACCACGGAAAGCAGCCGAUGAUGCUGGCAGUGAGUGUACCAGCUCCAGGCACCGGCCACCCCCAGCUCAGUGA